AUGUUCUGCAAUCGUCACGUUGACUACUAAUUUGUGAAUUAAUUGUUUGAAUGUACAUCUUUGGUAACAUAGGUGUAUUGGCUGUAAGAAAGUUGACUGCUAUUUAUCAAUUAAAAGACCAAAAGACACAUACACUUGCAGCUAGGAUGUGAUUUUAACAGUUGAUGCCAACAAUGACCUCAAUGUCAUCUCUACUUUCACUUUGAAAUUGAAACGAAAGAAACAAAAAUAAGAACUAAAUCAAAACAAUCUACCCGAUAUUGCUUAUAUCGAUUUAUGUUUAGUCAGCGACAAUGAAUGUGUCCAGAAAUUCAUGUAAUUUGAGAUUCUGCUCAAAAGUUUUCACAAGUUUUACAAUAGCUGGAAAGAAAAAAGGUGUAACAUAUAAUAGAUUCAGUAAUCACUAUUACUCUUCAAAGACACCAAAAGUUAGUGAGUGGAUAGAGCCAUCAGGAAAUAGGACAGGCAUAUACAUAUAUAACUCACUGACAAAACAGAAGAAUGAAUUGGUUCUGCCCAGAGGAAACCAUUUAUCUUGGUAUAUAUGUGGCCCGACUGUGUAUGACUCCUCACACAUUGGUCAUGCAAGCAACUAUGUCAGAUAUGACAUCAUUCGAAGAGUCUUCCUUGAUUUCUUUAACAUCAAUGUCUCAUAUCUGAUGGGCGUUACAGACAUUGAUGAUAAAAUCAUUGUUAGAGCAAAUGAGCUGGGGCAAGACUUUACAGCCAUAACAAACCACUAUGAGAGGGAGUUUUUCCAAGAAAUGUUGGCAUUGAACAUCCUGCAGCCAACAAUGACAUCUAGGGUGUCAGACUAUGUGCCGGAAAUCAUAGCUUUUGUGCAAAAAAUAAUGGAAAAAGGCCAUGGAUAUGUCGGAAAAGAUGGCAGUGUUUAUUUUGAUGUUGUGGAGUAUGGAAACUACUACAAGUUUGCUUCCCCUCAGCAACUGUUCAAGUCCGAUGUUGAAGUGAAGAAGAACCCUGCCGACUUUGCUCUAUGGAAGGCGGCAAAGCCUGGAGAGCCAUUCUGGGAUUCACCCUGGGGACCUGGACGUCCGGGCUGGCACAUUGAGUGCUCAGCUAUGGCCAGCCGAGUGUUUGGGAGCACCAUUGACCUUCACUCAGGCGGGUUAGACCUGAUGUUCCCCCAUCAUGAGAACGAGAUUGCCCAGUCCUGUUCGUACCAUGGCGUCAAACAAUGGGCAAACUACUGGCUGCACACAGGGUUCCUGUUCACACCGCAGGAAUCUGAGAAGAUGUCUAAAUCGCUGAAAAACACGAUUUCCACAUCAUCUCUCCUUAGCAAAUACACGUCAAACCAGUUUCGCAUGUUUUGUAUGCUCACACACUACAGGAAUAACAUUGAGUUUACUGAGGAGAAGAUGCAGAAGGCGAUCUCCCUUGACAACAAGAUUGGCUCGUUCCUGCGGCAGUGUGAUGCCUAUGUGAAAGGACAAGUGGUUGGAGGAGACAUAUCCGAGGCCGAGACCAUGAAUAUGCUGGCAGAGAACUACGAAAGGGUGAUGGGUCAUCUGAAGGACGACUUUCACACACCACUUGCCAUGGAUGCCAUCUUCAACCUUAUAUCAGUUCUCAAUCAAAAGUUCAAAGAGUCGGAUACAGUGUGUCGAUGUCCCGGUGUUAUAGCGGCUGUAGAGGUCCAUGUAAAGAGGAUCUGCAAGAAACUUGGCUUCCUUAAGAAGGGCUGGAAGAUGAGUGAAGACUCAGACAACAUGAAACUGAGGGAAGUCCUUGAUCACACUGUCAGAUUCCGCUAUAACGUUCGACAGUACUCAAUCAAAACUAAACUCCCAGAAUCCGUUACAGCGUCCUUACCUGCCGGCAUGGAAAAGAAGAUACGCAAGGAGCUGUUUACCCCUCUGCUACAACAAUGUGACAGCCUGCGAACACAGCUGAAGAACUGCUACAUAAAUAUACAGGACCUUAAAACAAGCUCGACAUGGGACUUUGAUGAUUCUAAAGAUAUGAGGGAAGAUUCAGACUGGGAUAGCGACAGCAGCGGAACUCCCAUGGACAAACAAACUACACAAGAAACACAGAGCAGUGAACAUGGGACAUCAAAGGAACCUAUUAGCAAAGAAAUUAUGCAUGAUACACAGUGCGGAAAGACUGAGGAGUUCGAGAGAGAAAUGAGCACAGAAAGCCCAAGUAUACACGAUACACAGAAUCGAGAUUAUAAGAUAUCAGAGGAACCAACAGGCAGACAUACACAUGAUGGACAGACGACGGAAAGUGAAAAAUUGGAACAAUCGCUUAAUGUUGAGGAUACAUGUAGGAAAGAUACAGAAAAGGUUGAUUCGAAAGUGUUAAAAGAAGCAACUGAGAGUGUUUCCAAAAGAACAACAAGCUAGUUUAUAUCAACAUUUAAAAAAUCUCCGAUUGUGAUAAUUUAUAACUUUUGAAGUUUUGUAAAUGUGUAUUAUCAUGUACCCUGUAAUAAUUGUGUAUUAUCCCUAAAUGUUAAAAUGCAAUAACAUUCAGUGUUUUUUUCAAAUCUGCUCAUAUGCAUUCCUUUGGGCUCUUGUAAAUAUUUCAUAUCUAUAAGUUGCGAACAAAAAUCUAAGAGUCCUAAUCAUAGUUUUGUUUCGAUAUGACUUUAAGACAAUGCAUCUCGCUGAUACACAUGGGCCUUCAAAAUUAAGCAUCCUGCUGGUAAACAUGGUCCUUUAAAACAAUGCUUGUAAACAUGGUCCUUCAAAACAGGGUAUCCCGAUGAUACAAACAGUCCUUCAUAACAAGACACCCCGCUGAUACAAACAGUCCUUCAUAACAAGACAUCCCGGUGAUAUACUUGGUCUUUCAAACAAUGCACCGCGCUGAUACACUUGUCCUUCAAAACAAUGCUGGUAAACAUGGUCCUUCAACACAAGGCAUUUUGCGGAUAAACAUGGUCCUUCAAAACAAUGCUGGUAAACAUGGCCCUUUAAAACAAUACAUCUGGCUGAUACACAUGGUCCUUCAAAACAAGGCAUCCUGCUGAUACACAUGGUCCUUCAAAACAAUGCAUCAUGCUGAUACACAUGGUCCUUCAAGACAAUUCAUCCUGCUGAUACACUUGGUCCUUUAAAACAAUGCUGGUAAACAUGAUCCUUUAAAACAAUGCAUCAUGCUGAUACACAUGGUCCUUCAAAUCAAUGCAUCCUGCUGAUACACAUGGUCCUUCAAAACAAUGCAUCCUGCUGAUACACAUGGUCCUUCAAAUCAAUGCAUCCUGCUGAUACACAUGGUCCUUCAAAACAAUGCAUCAUGCUGAUACACAUGGUCCUUCAAAUCAAUGCAUCCUGCUGAUACACAUGGUCCUUCAAAACAAUGCUGGUAAACAUGGUCCUUCAAAACAAUGCAUCCUGCUGAUACACAUGGUCCUUCAAAACAAUGCCACCUGCUGAUACACAUGGUCCUUCAAAUCAAUGCAUCCUGCUAAUACACUUGGUCCUUUAAAACAAUGCUGGUAAACAUGGUCCUUUAAAACAAUGCAUCCUGCUGAUACACAUGGUCCUUCAAAACAAUGCUGGUAAACAUGGCCCUUUAAAACGAUACAUCUGGCUGAUACACAUGGUCCUUCAAAACAAUGCAUCCUGCUGAUACACAUGGUCCUUCAAAUCAAUGCAUCCUGCUAAUACACUUGGUCCUUUAAAACAAUGCUGGUAAACAUGGUCCUUUAAAACAAUGCAUCCUGCUGAUACACAUGGUCCUUCAAAACAAUGCAUCCUGCUGAUACACAUGGUCCUUCAAAUCAAUGCAUCCUGCUGAUACACCUGGUCUUUCAAAACAAUGCAUCCUGCUGGUCCUUCAAUUAAAGCAAUUAUUAUAUAGACUCUGGAUUUACAUCUUUAUUCAUGAAAGAAUCAGUGUUUUUAUAGAACUUAUUAAUUGCUUCUUUUUUUGUGCCUUAAUAUUCAGUGUGUGUAUACCACGUGAUAAAUUGCGUCAUAAAUGCUACGUCGGAAGGCAAUAUUUUGAUUUGAAAAAAUACUUUAAACAAAGAUAACUUCACUAUUUCUUCACCAUUUUGAAUGAAACAAAGCGCAGUCUAUGCCGCCUAUGGAGCCCUGCCUUCGGUCUUUCACCAGAGUUUGAUUGGGAGUUUAAUUUCUUUAAACACUUCGACAAACAUUUGCACAAUACGGCCGUCUGACGGAGCACUGUCAAAACAUGAUUUUGGAAACAGGUUUGUCGAAGUGUUUGAUGAAACUAAUGACUUCAUCAAAUGUCGGUAAUAAAACAAAUGCGGGGCUUUUUAAGCGGCAUAGACUACCCUUUGUUUCAUUUAAAAUAAUGUUGUAAAAGAAAAGUUAUCUUUGACUUCAGUCUUCAUUUUAGGCAAAAUGUUGCCUUCCGAUGUAGCAUAUAUGACGCAAUUUAUCACGUGGUAUACACACACUGUUAUUUAAGUUCUUGAAAUAGGGUGACAUUUUGUUUUGACUGCAGAUUUCAAUAUGCCUGUACUGCUGUUAUAUGCAUAAUAUGGUGUUGAUUUCGUAUAGGCCACACCAAAUCAGUAAUUCUUAAGAUUUACCACACUUAUUUUUAUUUUGUAUUUUGUGUGUCCUGUAUCUCAUGCUGUUCUGACAUAUUAGGACGUUCAUGCUCUUCCGACAUGUGGCAAUAAUUAUCAACCCGAUAUUUGUUAGCUUUUUAACUGGAGAUCCUUCUCAUUAUAAGAAUUCAUUUACAACAGAGAUACCAACCUCGGAAGAGAUACCAACCUCGGAAUGAAUUUGAUUCAUGAACAUAUACAACCAUAUUCUAAUCAGAGAUUCCUAUAUGUGUCACAUCGAUUGUUAGUGAAUAAAAGAAUUGAAAAGCUUG